UAAAAACUAGUUUCAAAUUUUAUGUACUCCCAUUCAAAUAGUGGAAUCGAUCCUAACAUGCUAACAUCAACUCAUGUUGAAACAGAUGUAAAUCAACAGUAAGAAAAUCUGGAAGAAAUUGAGAAUUUAAAUUAAAUCAAAAAAGAAUUUGAUGAUUCACAACUUAUAACCAAUUUUGAUUUGAAUCUUGCUAAUUUAGUUCUAAGAAGAUGUAUAUUAAGUUCAUUAAUGAAAGGUUAUGUAUUCGAGGAUCAAAUCAUGAAAUACGAGAAAAUAUUAGAAAAAAAUCCAACUUGUGUGGAAGCCUUAAUUGAAAAAGGUAUUGUAAUAUUAUUGAUGUCUAGCCAAAAAUUUAGUUAGCCUUUAAAAAUUUGAGGAUGCCUUAGAAUGUUGUAAUUAAGCUAUAUCUAUUGACGCUAGCUUUACUUAAGCAUAUUUUGAAAAGGGUAUUUUUAUGUUAUUCAGUUAAGCUAAAAUAUUGUGUAAAUAAUAAAAGAUUGAAGAGGCCAUUAAAACUUAUGAAGCUAUUUUAUCAAAGAAUUCAAAAAAUAAUGAUGCAAUUCAAGAAUUAUGUAUAAAAGAAUAUAUUAAUCAGCUUAACUUUAAAAUUAAAUUCAAUAAAUAUCGAAAGCACUUAAAUAUUAUGACUAACUAUUGGCUUUUGAUCGAAAAAAUAAAUUUAUCUAUAUAGAAAAAGCCAAACUAUUAUAAAAAUAGAACAAAUUUGAAUUGGCUCUUAAAUGUUGCGACUAAUUAUUAACCUUUGAUCCUUAUGAAAAGUAUGCAUAUUUACAAAAAGGUAUCAUCUUUGAGUAUUGGUAGCCUUAUUAUUUUCAUAAAUUAAUGAGCCAUAAUCAGCUAUAGAAUGUUAUAAGAAAGUAAUUGAAAUUGACUCUACGAAUAAAUAUGCGUAUUUAGCAAAAGGUUUUAGAUAAUUUAAAUAACUAGUUAAAUUGUUAAUGGAGUUAAAAAAUUAUGAAAAGGCUCUAAAAUGCUGCGACAAGAUAUUAAAUUUUGAUCCAAAAGAAAUUUAUGCUUAGAUAUAGAAAGGUAUAAUAAUAUCAUAUGUGAAAAGCCAGAACUCUAGAAUGUCUUCAAAAAUAUGAUUAGGCUGUUAAAUGUUGGGAUGAAAUCAUUAGUUAAGAAUAAAACAAAUCAGAGCCAAGUGUGGAAAAAGGUAAUAUUUUUAUUUUUGAUUUUUAGCUCGAGUUUUAGUCAAGCAAAAUAAAAUUAAGGAUGCUGUAAAGUGUUUAGACAUAAUUCUGUCUAAUAAUAAAGCAAAUAGAGAUACGAAUGUCUAGAAGGGUAUAAAUUAGAAUUAAUUUUAGCAUAAAUCUUAAUGUAGUAAGGAUUAUUGGAAUAGGCUGUUUAAUGUUGCUAAUAAAUCUUAAGUUAAGAUUCAGGAUCUGAAAGAGCCUGGCACUAUUGUGGUAAAAAUGUAAUUAGCAUUUGAAGGCUAAGCAUUUAAGUUUUUAAAUUAAUUGAAUGAUGCCUUAAAAUGUUAUGAGGAAAUAUUGAAAACAAACAGCAAUGAUUGGUAUUCUUAAUACUAAGUCAAGGAAAUAAAAGAAUAAAUAAAAAAGUAAAGACUAGUAAAAAAUGAUUGAG